AUGGCUCGCACUUCCACCCGCCAGGCCGCUCAGAAGGCCAAGGAGGCCAUUUCCUCAACGAGUGAAACAGGUGGCAAAGCUGGCGCAGGUGAAAAACGCAAAGCUCUGGAGCACAAGGCACCUGCGCCUAAGAAGGAGAAGAAGGAAGAGAAGCCACAAGAACCAAAAGAGGUGACCAGAGAAGAACCGCCAGAGGAGCCGGAGGAGAAGAAAGAGGAGCAACCACCUGAGCCAGAGGCGGCAAGAGGGCCAGAUACAGAAGCGGACGGUGUGCCUGUAAAAGCUCCCAAGGAGGAAGAGGCAGCGGAAGCUCCAACCACUCAGCAAGACACCAAACCCGAGACAAAUGUCGAGUCUGGCAUCCGCAAGUCCGAGGAGCGGGAAGACAAGGUCGCCUCCAAUGUCCUAGAGAAAGGCAUUAUCUACUUCUUCUUCCGGCCGCGCGUCAACAUCGAGGAUCCCCAGGGAAUGGAAGACGUCUCUCGCAGUUUCUUCGUGCUGCGUCCAACUCCACUAGGCGCUGAGCUCGACUCAGGACAAGGGCCAGUGGACAAAGAUGCCCGAUGUCGCCUGUUAAUGCUCCCGAAGAAAAAGUUUCCCACCUCGGGUAGGGAACGAGAUAUGGGAUUCGUGGAGAAGGCCAAUCAGUCGAUGAAAGAUCUACAGGAGAAGUUCUUUGCUGGCUCCACAUAUCAGACCUCUACCCGUGGCGAGCGCCAUAUUGAAGAGGCUCGUCCGUAUGCGGAGGGAGUCUAUGCACUCACAUCCACCCGCCGGGCAACUCAUCUCGCCUACGUGUUGACUAUUCCCUCCGAGGUUGGCGAGAUCCAGGACAACUUUGGUCUGGAUCAGCGUGGCAGCUUCAUCGUCCAGUCUAAAAAUCCAAAGUUCCCUGGUCCAUCGUUUGCUAGGUUGCCCAAGGAGCCUGAAUACCCUCAAUCCGUUUUGGAAAGGUUUGAUGACCUCCGAUGGGUGCCUCUGCAACCCGAGUUCAUCGAGUAUCCGAAUGCUCAAUUUUUGAUGAUUGGCGAGGCACAAGAUUCCUUAGGCAAAGCCGCCACAGCCGAGGGCAGAAAGCAGUCACACGAGACGGAGCCCGGCGAGGAGUUGGAGAAGAUGGAGCAUGAAAAUGAGGAUCGAAUACACGCACUCGAGGGCGAUUCGACCAUCUUCCGGGAUCUUGGCUUGGAUGCGAAGAAAUAUGCUGGUGUACCGACGACUUGGGGCGCUGAGGAGAGUGGCGCUUGA